AUGGAUCCUUCAGAACUUUCUCGCGAGUGCCAUUCAUGCCUAGCUAUCCGAUACCUGCAUCAAGAGGAUACAGUUCCCUCGGCCGAGGACAUCGACCGUCUUUGCGUAGUUCUCAGUGCAGCCGAGGAGCAGUCACGGCACCGCUCAGGUCCACGGAGGGAACAAAUCAGUGCGGCUUACGUUUUCAGAGACUUGAGGAGAAUCGUGGAGGGCUUUAAGGGGGAAACUCCCAUGGGAUUUGAGCAUCUAAAGGGUCAGUUCAUCCAAGACAAGCCUAGCUCGACGAGGCAAGGCGAAACCCCUACUCGUGCCGACUUCGGCGAGGCAACCACUAUGGUCGAAGCUGAAGCACACGAGCUUAGGACCAGGGAGCUGAUCAGAACAUCUAAUGGUUAA